GACAAGCGGCAGUGACAGUUGACAAGUUUUCUCAGCUUCCUCGCAUAUUUCAUGUUUACAUUCCGGAUGCGAGGCGUGUGCUUUGUUGAAUAAAGUCUCUUUCAGUGAAGUUACGAGUAUGAAUGAAUGUGCCAGGACGUCUAUAAAGUUGCUCAUUUUGUUCAUUCUGCUGAAAUAUGGGAGCAGUUCAAAGCUGGUUGAUCCAUCGAAAAGUUUAGUUUGGGGACCUGGCUUGAAACCAGAUAAAAUAGUUUUGCCCGCCAGGUACAUCUUCAUUCAUGCCGUGGACCGCGAUGGAGUUAGGUUUCGAAAAUCCCCGCCGUAUGCAUACCAGGUAUUCAUAGAGGGACAAUCAGGAGUUGGAAAAUGUCCGGCCACUAUCAACUUCAUCGAUCGAGGUGACGGAUCUGCAAUCGUACGUUAUAAAAUCGUACGAGUAUGUGAAAAAAUAGAGCUUCAUAUCAAAUAUAAUGGUUCGCAUGUCGCAAAGUCACCAUACAUAAUUGAAAAUACAAUCUAUCCGGAAAAAUGUUAUUGCCCACAGCACCUCUCCACCUGGUUGUAUAAUAAUGAAUGCUCAAACAAUGAUCAGCGUAUUGAGCUAGAUUUACAACCAUUCAAACAAGUCAAUUUCAGUAAUAUUCGUGAGAAUCUGAUUAAAAAGUAUGAUAUGCCUGGAAGUGUAUCGAUUUGCAAUUAUGUGGUGAAAAACAAUGAAAUCUAUCGAAAAUGCUACGGAAAGUACGUGGGUUACAGUAUGUUUAUGGAUGCAACAUUGUUAUCACUGACACGAGUGGUAAAGCUGCCUGAUAUUGAAUUUUUCCUCAACCUUGGAGAUUGGCCACUGUCGAAAAAAGGUGGUCACCAAAGAACUUCCGGGCCUUACCCUAUAAUUUCUUGGUGUGGCAGUGACGACUCAUAUGACAUUGUGCUGCCAACUCAUGAUAUAACUGAGGCGACUUUAGAAAACAUGGGAAGAGUAAUGUUGGACAUGAUCUCUGUGCAGAAAGAAAUUUAUCCAUGGAUUGAAAAGAAAGAAAAGGCGUUUUGGCGGGGACGGGACUCUAGAUAUGAAAGACUGCAUCUGAUCGAGUUGGCAAGAAAGCACCCAGAUUUAUUUAAUGCCUCUAUAACCAACUUCUUUUUCUUUCGUGAUAGAGAGGAUGAAUUCGGACCGACGGUUAAGCACAUUUCAUUCCUCGAUUUUUUCAAAUACAAAUAUCAGCUGAACAUUGACGGCACUGUGGCGGCGUACCGUUUACCCUAUCUUCUAGGUGGAAAUUCGCUUGUCUUCAAGCAGAAUUCGCCAUUUUAUGAACACUUCUAUUAUAAAUUGGUUCCGAACAAGCAUUUCGUUCCAUUCAAACGUGAUUUGUCUGAUUUAGUGGACAAGUUGAGAUGGGCUAAGGCGCAUGAUAAUCGUGCAAAAGAAAUAAUGGAGACGGCACGAGAAUUCGUACAAGAUAAUUUGAUGCCAGUGAACAUAUAUUGCUACCAUGUACAGCUAUUUAACGAGUGGAGUAAAAGACUGGUGAGUCCUGUUACCGUUCUACCUGGAAUGGAGCGUGUCAAGCAAGACGUAAAGUGUGAUUGUCGGGAGAGCAACCACAUCGCAAAAGAUGAGCUGUAAUAUUCUCAAAUAAUUCAUUCCUUUUGAAGUUUUUUAUGUGAUAAUUCUAGAAGCUCUGUAUGAGACAUGCACAUUAAUAGUUAAUGUAUAAUAUUGACUUGAUGGUCUUCUAGAUAGCUCAAACAUUACAAUUGUCAUAAAUACCAUAUAUUGUCUAUUCCAAACUAUAAAAUGAACUUUUAAAAUUAUAUAAAAAUUAAAAAUUCUCAAAUUCCUUCUCAUAUUGAUUCGUUUUGGAUGGAACGAACUUUUGCUCUGGAUAUUUAUCGAAAUUGGUUGUAUCAUGACUACCUUUCGUCUUGGGCACAUAUGGAGCCUCGAUCUCAUAGUUAAGAAGGCCAAUCCAAUUUGUGUUCUUGAACCAACUAUGUGUCUUAAUAUCUUGAGCACCGUUUCGUAAAUUACCAUAACUAUAAAAUAUUAAAAUCAAUGCGAAAAAUUUGUAAUUAUUGUGAUUUUUAGAUUCGAAAAUAAAUUUCCAAAUGUGUGCAAUA